AUGUUCCAGCUGCAUUUUGCCAAGAGCAGGCUGACCUUCCUGGUCCUCAAGCGCCUCUCGGCAUGCCCUGCCGCUUUCCAGAGCUCCCAGCGUGUGGAAUACAAGCCCAUCAAGAAGGUGAUGGUGGCAAACAGAGGGGAAAUUGCCAUCCGGGUGUUCCGAGCCUGCACCGAGCUGGGCAUCCGGACGGUGGCCGUCUACUCGGAACAGGACACGGGUCAGAUGCACCGGCAGAAGGCGGACGAGGCCUAUCUCAUCGGCCGGGGGCUCCCCCCGGUCCAGGCCUAUUUGCACAUCCCGGACAUCAUUAAAGUUGCCAAGGAGAACGAGGUAGACGCCGUCCACCCCGGCUAUGGCUUCCUCUCUGAGCGCUCGGAUUUUGCCCAGGCCUGCAUCGAGGCUGGGGUGCGGUUCAUCGGGCCCAGCCCCGAGGUGGUGCGCCAAAUGGGCGACAAGGUUGAAGCCCGCGCCAUCGCCAUCAGUGCAGGCGUGCCUGUAGUUCCCGGGACAGAUGCCCCGAUUUCCUCUCUCAACGAGGCUCAGGAAUUCUCCAACACUUACGGCUUUCCCAUCAUCUUUAAAGCUGCCUACGGUGGAGGAGGGCGGGGGAUGCGAGUUGUGCGCAGCUAUGAGGAGCUGGAGGAGAACUACACCCGGGCAUACUCCGAGGCCCUCUCUGCUUUUGGGAACGGCGCUCUCUUCGUGGAGAAGUUCAUUGAGAAACCAAGGCACAUUGAAGUCCAGAUCCUGGGUGAUGCCUAUGGGAACGUGGUGCACCUGUAUGAGAGAGAUUGCUCCAUCCAGAGGCGGCACCAGAAGGUGGUGGAGAUAGCGCCUGCUGCCCACCUGGACUCCAAACUGCGCUCUAAACUGACCAACGAUGCCGUCAAGCUAGCCAAGCAGGUUGGGUACGAGAAUGCCGGCACAGUGGAAUUCCUGGUGGACAAACACGGCAAGCAUUACUUCAUCGAGGUCAACUCUCGGCUCCAAGUGGAGCACACUGUGACGGAAGAAAUCACGGAUGUCGACCUUGUCCAUGCCCAGAUCCACAUCUCUGAGGGGAAGAGCCUGCCCGAGUUGGGCCUGAAGCAGGACAACGUGCGGAUCAACGGUUGCGCUAUACAGUGCCGGGUCACCACCGAGGAUCCUUCUCGCGGUUUCCAGCCCGACACAGGCCGAAUCGAGGUGUUUCGGAGCGGCGAGGGCAUGGGGAUCCGCCUGGACAGUGCCUCAGCCUUCCAAGGAGCCGUCAUCUCCCCGCACUACGACUCACUGCUGGUGAAAGUCAUCGCUCAUGGCAAAGACCACCCCACGGCAGCUUCCAAGAUGAGCCGGGCCUUGGCAGAGUUCCGGAUCCGUGGCGUCAAGACCAACAUCCCCUUCCUGCAGAAUGUGCUUGGCAAUGACCAGUUUCUCUGGGGAACCGUGGACACUCAGUUCAUCGACGAGAACCCUGACCUUUUCAAUUUGCGGCCUGGCCAGAACCGAGCCCAGAAGCUCCUCCACUACCUGGGCCAUGUCAUGGUGAACGGCCCCACCACGCCUAUCCCGGUGAACGCCCGGCCCUCGUCCAUUGAUCCGGUGGUUCCUUCGGUUCCUUUGGGUGAGCCGCCAUCCGGUUACCGGGACAUCCUUCUGCGCGAGGGCCCCACCGGCUUUGCCAAAGCCAUUCGCCAACACAAAGGGCUGCUCCUGAUGGACACCACCUUCCGAGAUGCUCACCAGUCUCUGCUGGCCACCCGCGUCCGCACCCACGACCUGAAGAAGAUCUCCCCCUUCGUGGCCCACAACUUCAGCAACCUCUUCAGCAUAGAAAACUGGGGAGGUGCCACCUUUGACGUGGCGAUGCGUUUCCUGUACGAAUGCCCCUGGCAGCGGCUGCAGGAGUUGCGCGAGCUGAUCCCCAACAUCCCGUUCCAGAUGCUGCUGAGAGGGGCCAACGCCGUGGGUUACACCAACUACCCAGACAACUCCGUCUUCAAAUUCUGCCAAGUGGCCAAGGAGAACGGCAUGGACAUCUUCCGGGUCUUUGACUCCCUGAACUACCUGCCCAACAUGCUGCUGGGCAUGGAGGCAGCUGGGCAGGCUGGUGGCGUGGUAGAAGCCGCCAUCUCUUACACCGGGGACGUGGCCGACCCCAGCCGGACCAAGUAUACUCUGGAUUAUUACGUCAGCCUUGCUGAGGAGCUGGUCAAAGCUGGAACUCAUAUCUUGGGCAUCAAGGACAUGGCCGGCGUCCUGAAGCCGCGGGCGUCCUCCAUGUUGGUCGGGGCCCUGCGCGAGCACUUCCCCAACAUCCCUCUGCACAUCCACACCCAUGACACUUCAGGCGCUGGCGUGGCUUCCAUGUUAGCUUGCGCGGCUGCAGGUGCCGACAUUGUGGAUGUGGCCGUGGAUUCGAUGUCUGGCAUGACCUCUCAGCCGAGCAUGGGGGCAAUGGUGGCUUGUACCUGCAGAACCGAGUAUGACACAGGGAUCCAGAUGGAGAGAGUUUUCGACUACAGCGAAUACUGGGAGGUUACUCGGGGCCUCUACGCCCCCUUUGACUGCACGGCAACCAUGAAAUCUGGCAACGCCGAUGUCUACGAGAACGAGAUCCCCGGGGGACAGUAUACCAACUUGCACUUCCAGGCCCACAGCAUGGGGCUGGGGAACAAAUUCAAGGAGGUGAAGAAGGCCUAUGUAGUAGCCAACAAAAUACUCGGAGACCUGAUCAAGGUGACCCCCUCUUCAAAGAUCGUAGGAGACUUGGCACAGUUCAUGGUUCAGAACAACCUGACGCAGCAGGAUGUGGAAGCCCAGGCAGACGAGCUCUCCUUCCCAGUCUCGGUGGUAGAGUUUCUACAAGGCUACAUCGGCAUCCCAUACGGGGGCUUCCCAGAACCCUUCCGAUCCAAGGUGCUGAAAGACCUGCCCCGCAUCGAGGGUCGCCCAGGGGCCUCUCUGCCCCCUAUGGACUUCCAGAAGCUGGAGCAAGAGCUGUGUGAAAAGCACAAAGAGGAGGAGAUUACUCCGGAGGAUAUUCUCUCCGCCGCCAUGUACCCCAAGGUCUUCGAUGAGUUCAAGGAAUUCUCAGCCAACUUCGGCCCAGUCGAAUGUCUCAACACCCGCCUGUUCCUGGAGGGACCCAAGAUAGCAGAGGAGUUUGAGGUAGAGCUGGAACGCGGCAAGACCCUCCACAUCAAGGCCUUGGCUCUGGGUGACUUGAACCGAGCCGGACAGCGGGAAGUCUUCUUUGAGCUCAACGGGCAGCUGCGCUCCAUUCUGGUCAAGGACACCAAAGCCAUGAAGGAAAUGCAUUUCCACCCCAAAGCCCUGAAAGAUGUCAAAGGCCAGAUUGGGGCCCCCAUGCCUGGGAAAGUGAUCGACAUCAAAGUGGAGGAGGGGGCCGCCAUCAAGAAGGGGCAGCCGCUCUGCGUCCUGAGCGCCAUGAAGAUGGAGAUGGUGGUCAACUCCCCCUUGUCGGGCACCAUCAAAAAAAUCUACGUCAAGCCGGAUAUGAGUUUGGAAGGGGACGAUCUUAUCCUAGAGAUUGCAUAGCCAUCCCCAUAGCAAC